GCCAAACCGUCUACGAGUGGGACCAGACAGUUGACGAGAUAGAGAUUUUCGUUCCGCUGCCCGAAGGAGUGCCCGCAAAACUUUUCACAUGCCAAAUAUCGCAACGGCACGUCACGGUCGGCAUCAAGGGCAACCCGCCUUACUUGGACCACGACCUAGCCGGGACUGUGAAGUUGGAAGACAGCUUCUGGACCAUAGAGGGCACUGAGCUUCACAUCUCAUUGCAAAAGGCCGAGAGGGGCAAGCCGUGGCCAGGCGCCAUUAAAGGGCACACUUUGGAUGCUUUCUCUACGGACCAGGAGUCGAGACGGCUCUUGCUGGAACGGUUUCAGAUAGAG